GUUCGAUCAUCAAAGGCAUCAAGCCUGGCCAAUGCCUGCCCUAAAAUUAUAUACAUUUUGCCCAAGAAUACGUACAGCCAUGCCAAUCGCAGUCGGAGACAAGGUCCCCGCGGCCACCUUCCAUGUGCCGGAUGCGAAUGGCAUGCCCCAGCCGCUGACGACGGAGCAGCUGUUCGGAGGCAAGAAGGUGCUCCUGUUUGCGGUGCCCGGCGCCUACACGCCCACUUGCAGCAAGCAGCACCUCCCCGGCUUCGUUGAGUCGGCCGAUGCGCUGAAGGCCAAGGGCGUGGACACCAUUGCCUGCCUAUCCGUCAACGACGCCUUUGUCAUGGGCGCGUGGGGCCAGUCGAUCGGUGUGGGCGACAAGGUGACCAUGCUGGCGGACGGCGCCGCCGCCUUCACCAAGGCCGUGGGUCUGGACCAGGACCUCAGCGAGGCGGGGCUGGGCGUGAGGAGCCAGCGCUACGCCAUGCUGGUGGAGGACGGCGUGGUCAAGGUGCUGAACGUGGAGCCCGCCCGCGGCCUGACCUGCAGCAGCGCGGCGAGCAUGCUGGAGGGGCUGUGAGCGAGCUAGGGGGCACGGGGUGUGGAGGAGGCGCGCCGCGGAGGAGGUCGGGUUGCUGAAGUGGGGGAACCCUUAGGAACCACGCAAUGGGGCGGGGAUGGCCAGCGGCGCUCCUGGGCCUGUCAUGGCCGAGCUCUGCCUCCGCCGCUUCGUAACUUGACUGUCGCGGGAGUCUACCGUAUACUGUAGUUAAUGAUUUGGCAGUACAGUUGGGAUUGCGUUGAAACGGCCAAGCUGGGCCCGGGUGUUUGCCCAGCCAACCGAAAGAGGUUGCUUGAUCGAACUUGUUAUACCUGCCUGCUGAAGGUCGUCAGGACUGUACAGACCCGUACUUGCCUGAGAUCAUACGUGCUUGUUCCAAGAAUAGAGCCCACCUGCGUUACUUUGACUUCAAACGACGGAGCCGC